AUGAUUAUGCAGAUCUCUUACUUAGAUGAUGAGGAUGAUGAGAAUUAUGAAGUUCUCAUAUACGAAUCAAAAUGUAUCUCCCGGAAAUUAGUCACCGAUGUGCUUCUUGCCGAGCACGCUCUGCGCGAACUGACGCAGCGUGAGGAAACGUUACACCAUAGAGCUUUGGCCUUACAAAAGACCAUAGCUAUCGAGUCUGAUCGGCUCCAGCCUGACAAGACCACGCCUGUCGAGUCUACCAGGGCCGAGCUUGAAAAGGCAAAUCAACAGCUUAAAGAGACCCAGCUACAAUAUGCAAGAAAGGAGGACGCCCUUUACCGAGCGACGUCUAUGGUUAAGGCGUGA